AAACGAGCAACUACCGCGAGCGAGUCAGACGUGCACAGACAUACGCAGAAGAGUACGCACGUGACACCUAACUGCAUUUGGGAGCAGAAUGUCUGUGAAUGCGCCCAGCAGCAGUGAUGCAUGUUUAAGCAUCGUUCACAGCCUGAUGUGCCACCGCCAGGGAGGAGAGAAUGAGAGCUUCGCCAAACGUGCCAUCGAAAGCCUGGUAAAGAAACUCAAAGAGAAAAGAGACGAGCUCGACUCCCUCAUCACUGCUAUCACCACAAAUGGAGUUCAUCCAAGCAAGUGUGUCACCAUACAAAGAACACUGGAUGGACGUUUACAGGUGGCUGGGCGGAAAGGUUUCCCUCAUGUCAUAUACGCGCGUCUGUGGCGAUGGCCGGACCUUCACAAGAAUGAACUCAAGCAUGUCAAGUUCUGUCAGUAUGCAUUCGAUCUGAAGUACGAUAACGUGUGUGUGAACCCCUACCACUAUGAGCGCGUGGUGUCCCCUGGGAUUGUUGGAUUCAGUUUGCCAAACACAGGCAGGCUGAUAAAAGAAGAGCACAUACAUGACUGCAUCCAGAUGGAGGGUCCGUCGAGUAUGACCUUACAGCUAGACCAUCAUCCUCCAGAUCACUACAGCCCACAGCCGCUGAGACUGAUGUCCCCAGAGCUGCCCCAGCGGACCACUUCCUCUGUCACUCUCUACCCCAGCCUGCCCCUCUCUCCACCCUCAAGUGCAUCCAGGUUGUCAAUGCAGGUGGAACGUCCUGAGGGACUGUUGCAGAUCGCAUCCCCAGCGGGACGGGCCUUGACCUCCAGCUCUCCACCUUCCACCCCAACACACAGUCACGCACCCACACACAGCCAGCCUUCUUCCCAGCAGCCCUCCGUCAGCCAGAGUGAAUACAGCACCUCAAAGCACACACAGACACAGGGAACUUACCACACAACAACCUGGACAGGGACCAGCACAGCCUCCUAUACUCCUGCUGGACCACAGCAGAAUGGGCGGAGUCAUCAGCAAGCCCCUCCCCCUCACACUAGCCACUUCUGGUCUCAGCAUCACACACCAGCCUCAUACCCUCAACCAGUUUCUAACCAUCCAGGCCCAGAGUUCUGGUGCUCAAUCUCUUACUUCGAGAUGGAUGUGCAGGUCGGGGAGAUGUUUAAAGUUCUAGCCAACUGUCCUGUGGUGACAGUGGAUGGAUAUGUGGACCCUUCAGGCGGGGACCGCUUUUGUUUGGGUCAGCUUAGCAAUGUUCAUCGAACUGAUGCCAGCGAGAGGGCACGGCUUCACAUUGGUAAAGGUGUUCAGCUGGAGUGCCGUGGGGAGGGGGACGUGUGGAUGCGUUGCCUUAGUGACCAUGCUGUAUUCGUGCAAAGUUACUACCUGGACAGAGAGGCAGGGAGAGCGCCAGGGGAUGCCGUUCACAAGAUCUACCCAGGAGCCCUCAUUAAGGUGUUUGAUCUUCGUCAGUGUCACAGGCAGAUGCAGCAGCAAGCGGCGACUGCGCAGGCAGCUGCGGCUGCACAGGCUGCAGCAGUGGCUGGGAACAUCCCGGGGCCUGGCAGUGUUGGAGGAAUCGCUCCAGCCAUCAGUCUGUCGGCGGCAGCCGGAAUAGGUGUUGAUGACCUGAGACGUUUGUGUAUCCUGCGGCUGAGUUUUGUAAAAGGCUGGGGACCCGACUACCCUCGACAGACCAUCAAACAGACACCGUGCUGGGUGGAAGUUCAUCUACACCGUGCCCUGCAGCUGUUGGACGAGGUCCUGCACACCAUGCCCCUCGCUGACCCCGGACCUGCCAACUGACCCACAGACUGCAAAAUAGACAAGCCCUGUCACAAAACAGGGAGGACGACAGACAGAGAGAAAGAGAGACACACACCUGCACAGGCAAACAGUGACUCAUAGUACCACAUACACACAUAAGCCUUCACACACACUGUCUUUCCACAGCCUUGGCCAGCAAAGUGCCUCUGAAGUGACCAGUGUUUAGUCCACUCUUGGGUGCUGUUGACCUGGUUGUCAUGGUAACACAGACCAAAGGCACUGCUGAUGAGUUCACACUAAUGGAGGUCCAGAAGAGGUGAAAGUAAGUUGGUUAAGAGGGAGAGAAAGAUUCAUAUGAUAACACGAUUAAUAUGCUUAAUGCUCAGAGACCCAGGAAUGGAUAUUAAUUAUAUUUUUAACCCUUUAACAUGUCUGUAGAAAGCCAGUAGUUAUAAAGACUAUUUUGUUAAGGCAAAAUUUACAUAAAGGUAUAAUUUAAAACAAAAUGUUGCAAAAAAGGAACACUGGGCAUUUAGAGUUGUAAAAUUUCACUAUUUUUCAAAUCACUAAAUGAAAGUUUUGAAUUGACAACACAAUUUAGCACACAAAUGUUUUUGAAAAACAAUAUAUAUCAACCAGUCAACCAGUAAGGUUAAGAAGUAAUAAAUAUUCAUAUUAAAGUGUAUGCAAAGUGCAGUUAUGUGUGUGUGUGUGUGUGUGUGUGUGUGUUAUUUAAUUGCUUUAUACAAACAUUGUAGUUCUGCUGGGUCUCUGAGGGUUAAAGCUCUGACUCAAUCUGAUGUAUCAUAGUUCUUAAAGGGUCCGCUGAUUUGAAUGCUGAGUGCAGGCAGGAUGUCCAGGAAUAAAUGCAUUUAUAAACGGCAGGACAGAAAAUGUGCUGUAUUCUACAGGCAGUAUAUUUUAUCUAAAAAAUAUUGAAAUGAGACCAAAGACUUAAUGAAAUGAGAUAAAAGAAUCUGCAGUUUUAUGAUAUUCGACUUAUGAAUACCAUAAUAGUUUAUAAUUCAUUGAUACAGAGAUACAAGUUUUGUUAACAGUGGGAUUUUUGUCUGCUAGGCUAUACAUGAGAGAGCUAUUAAACAGUGCUGAACUAUGUGCCAAACCAGUCUGACACUUCAUACAUGCAGAAAAGCCUUUAUAAACCAUGACACUGAUACAGGAGUAUGGACACCUAGUGGUUCUUUCAAGUAUUGCAUUCACUCAUAUACAGCUUUGCAUUUUGUGUUACCUGACUGACGUUUAAGCUUUAUUACAAACUGUAUUUAAUUCAAGGAUUCUGUGAGAGGAUAUUCUGAAUAUAUUCAUGACAAAAGGGAGUUAGGCAGGACACCUCCAAGAGAUGGGUUUCCUAAAUUAUUUUUGCCAAAUUCCUUUUGCUAUUGUAGGAUGUGUGUUCCAGGACCCUUAUCCAGCGCUGCUUCAGCCGUGACUAUAUACAGAAUACAGCAUGCACUCGAGUGCCUUAUUGCUUCCAUAAAACCAUCACUACAAAAUAAAAAUACUAAUAUCCUAAAUUCAUAAUGCAGCAUUCAUCCGCUAGAAGAUAUAUGACAUUUGGCAUAACAUACUAACAACAAUCACAGAUAGCAACUUUCUUGGUACUUAUAUCACCCUUUUGGCCUCAUGUGAGAGCAAAGGGUCCAUAGGUUGGGAAUUACCUAACUUUUUUGUCAGCCGAACCCCUUUGACCUUACAUAUUUACUUGAAGUAUACCC